AUGCAAAUAUUCCAACCGUUGAAAAUCAUUUCCCGGCGAAACAUCCACCGGAGAUUCAAAUUUGAAUUCCCCAUCAAACCCACAAAAAACCUUGCCUACACUCACAAUCUUCAAAUCCCAAACACUCAAACUCACUUUCAAAAUCUCUUCUUUCAAUUCAAAUCUUUUCUCUUUAUUCACUCACUUGAAAAUUCUCACUCACUCACUGAAACACAGCAAGACCCUGAUACUGUUCUAGCAAUUAGAGUGCAAAACACCCUCAAGAAAUAUAGAGACAGCCCAGUAAGGAAGAUUGAGCUUGCUAUUGACCAAUGCUGCCCCACGAUGACACAAGACUUAGUUUUGAAGGUCCUCAAGAGGCACCGGUCUGAUUGGAAACCAGCUUAUAUAUUCUUCAAUUGGGUUUCUAAAGAAGGUAAAAUUUCACUUGGAUCUUGUGUUUACAAUGAGAUUCUUGAUAUUCUUGGUAAAAUGAGAAGGUUUGAAGAACUGACACAGGUUCUCGACGAAAUGUCUGAAAGAAAGGGAUUUGUUGAUGAGGAUACGUAUAGAGUUUUGGUUAAUAGAUAUGCAGGUGCACAUAUGGUGGUGGAGGCAAUUGAGGCUUUUAAUAAGAGGAGAGAGUUAGGUCUAGAAUGUGAUCUGGUUUCUUUCCAAAAGCUUUUGAUGUAUUUGUGUAGGUAUAAACAUGUAGAUGCAGCGGAAACUUUGCUGCAUAGCAAGGGGCAUGAGUUUGGUUUCGAUAUAAAGACUAUGAAUAUUGUUCUAAAUGGGUGGUGUGUAUUGGGAAAUGUACGAGAGGCAAAGAGGUUUUGGAAAGAUAUAAUUGCGUCUCCAUGCAAGCCGGAUGUAUUUACUUACGGAACUUUUAUAAAGGCGUUGACGAACAAGGGAAAGUUAGGGACAGCGAUGAAGUUGUACGAGUCAAUGUGGGAGACGGAAUGCAAGCCGGAUGUGGUGAUUUGCAAUUGUGUGAUUGAUGCACUUUGCUUCAAGAAGAGGGUUCCUGAAGCUUUGGCGGUUUUUGAGGAAAUGAAGGAGCGAGGUUGCUUGCCUAAUGUAGCGACUUACAACUCUCUCAUUAAGCACAUGUGCAAGAUUCAGAGGAUGGAGAAGGUUUAUGAGCUUUUGGAUGAAAUGGAAGAGAAGAAAGGAAGUUGUAUGCCAGAUGGGAUAACUUUCAAUUACCUGCUCAAGUCAUUGAAGAAACCUGAGGAAGUUGCUGGGGUUUUGGAGAGGAUGGACAGAAAUGGAUGCAAGAUGAAUGAUGAUACAUAUAAUUUGAUGUUGAAGUUAUAUGCAGAUUGGGAUUGUGAGGAAAAAGUAGGAUAUAUUUGGGAGGAGAAGGAGAAAAAUGGGCUGGGACUGGAUCGGCGGUCUUAUACUAUCAUGAUACACUGGCUCCAUUCCAAGGGAAGGGUUGAGGAUGCUUUGCAAUAUUUUGGCGAGAUGAGAAGUAAGGGAAUGGUGACAGAGCCCAGGACUGAGAUAUUGUUCAAUUCCAUGAAUAAGGGGAAAGAGAAUGAACCAGAAGUAGGAAAGAACAGUACAAUGAAUUACGGCCAAUCGUCAACGUCUGUGCAUAAAAGAACUACGAAGAAAAAAGUCAACUCGUCUCAGUGUUAA